AUUGUGUAUCAGUUUCCCAGCAUCCGUCAUCCGUAUCGAACGGGAUUUGGUGCGAUUUUGGGAAGAGGUGGUAGCACACCUAGCUAUAUCCUGCGUUGGGAAGAUUGGAUAGGCUUUUGGUCGGUCGUGUGCGGUUUUUUUUGGUUCUAUCUCGCUAGCUGAUUUCGGUGGAAGGUGGAGGCGGAGGUAGUUCAGUACCAUGGCCUUCUAUGGUUGAGUUCCGUUGGUGGAUUACGAACCGUGACCGCGGGAGUCUGUACCUAGUUUCUGAUGGAUGCUCUCUAGGCGAGGUGUGAGUAGCUUCGCGUUAGGAAGCAGUGAGUGUGGUGCGAGUAUGUGAACACGAACGGAUGGAUGCUGCUGCAGCUCAUGAUUCUGAUGAUGAUGGUGUAUGGUGGUGAUGAAUGAAGUAUAAAACGAUAGCGUAGAACGCGAAGCUGUGUUAUGAACCGGCGCUGUGAGAAUGAUAGUGGGUGUUGCAGGUGGUAAUCCUGACGUUAAUCAUCGUAGGAUUCAUGUUUUUUUUGUUGCCCUAGCGUAGGCACACCACUCCAAUAAGGUGCAUAUGAAAACAUUGGUGCUUUUUGCAGCCGAAUCGAAAAAUGGAAUUCGGGGACUUGAUUGGAGUACCGUCGCCACAGGACACGCUAUAUUCGGCGGUUGCAUGGGCCAGAAGGGGUGUAACUCACACCGAGACUAAUCGGGAGGCAAAAUUUGAGCAAGCGAGAAAGGACAAUGGUGAUGAAAGUUUGUAGAAAACAUUUCCCAUUGGUUUCAACAGAAUUUUGUGGUUGUUCAAUGGAAGGGAAUAGAUGUUGAACCGCGUCGAGUUGGUUACAAAGUGAGCCCUUGUUUUUCCAUGUUUGAUAUAUCAGGAGAACGAGUGCAAUAAUUGGAAUUGCCAGUGGAGUAAUGCUAGCUUCUGGAUGGACAGUGCACCGAUGGUGAACCCGAGUGGCACGGAAGAUACGUGCGUACACAGAGCGGAAAACAUUUUUUAAUUAAAAAAUUGAAUUGCACUCCACUUGCUUUACGAGAUGAAGCUUUUUUUCGUGUGACCCCGUUCGCUGCAAUGUGGCAAUGUAGGCUAAGGAUGCUUCCGGCUCAAUAAUCGAAACAAAUGGAAAACCUAUCACGCUCAAUAAUAUCCCCGGGCAUCACUUUGAAGAAGCACCAAAAAGUGAAGUGUGAAGCAGACUAUUGUUUCAGAGGAGGACGAUAAAACAAAAUUUCGCGUGUUGCGUGUUUCGAUCGAAAAAAUAGCCAAAGCUUCCCCCGCGAAACAAAAGCGAACUUCCUCGAGAGGCUGCAAAAACUGUUGUCAAUAAAGUACGAAACUUGUUCGUUUCUGAAGAUUUCCUCCGGGGUUGUGCUUCCUCGAUAAGGCGAUACCCAUGUUUUUUGUUGUGUUGUGAACUCGUUUUCGGGGUUGAACGUGUUCGGAAUAUUCGAGUCCCGAUGAUCGGCGGAAGCUCUCGCUGGAGGACAUCGGUGGCGCGUCGGCGGGGCAAAACUGCUACGUUGGCGGCAGCGAUGCUGACGGGUCGAAUUCCGGUGACCACAACCGCCACCGGAGGAGGAUUACUGCUCUGGCUGGGACUGGUGGCCGUGCUUGUCAGUGGUAGCACCGACACCCGGAGCGAGCAGGAACCAAAGCCGAGCUUCGCCAGUCCAAUCGAAAAUGUGACAGUUCCUAUCGGUAGAGAAGCUACGUUAAGUUGUGCUGUACAAAACUUAGGUGCCUAUAAGGUUGGAUGGAUGCGUGCUUCCGAUCAGACAGUACUUGCCCUGCAGGGCCGGGUUGUGACACACAAUUCUCGCUACAGCGUUACCCAGGAGGAGUCCAAUGUGUGGCGGCUCAAAAUACGAAACGUGCGCGAGUCGGAUCGCGGCUGCUACAUGUGUCAAAUCAACGCCACUCCGCUCCAGAAGCAAGUGGGCUGUGUCGAUGUGCAGUUGCCACCGGACAUAUCGGACGAACAGUCCUCAUCGGAUACGACGAUACGCGAGGGCGGCAACGUGACAUUCUUCUGCAAGGCCACCGGUCAUCCAACGCCGAAGGUUACCUGGCGACGGGACGAUGGAAGUCCGCUCUAUCUGCAGCGCAACGGGUCGGACGUGCGAAAAGUUGAUACCCAUGUCGGAAACUUUCUGAAUUUAUCAAACGUAGAUAGAAGACAAAUGGGUGCCUACUUGUGCAUCGCAUCCAACGAGGUGCCGCCCGCCGUCAGCAAGCGAGUCUAUCUCAACGUGCACUUCGCUCCCAAUGUGACCACGGAACGGACGCUGCUCGGGGUGUACGAGGAAUCGGACGUCGAGCUGGAGUGCGCCAUCGAGUCGUUUCCCCGUUCCGUCAACUACUGGACAAAGGUGUCCGCAGGUAGCGGACGAAGCUACGGUGGCCCACAGGGUGCGCCCUCCCAGGUGGUCCUCCGCCAGGAAGUGGUUCUGAAUGGGGACCGGUACGAGAUUCGCGAACAGUACCGCACCGCUUAUUCGAACCGGAUAAGCCUCCGGAUCCGACGAUUCGAUGCCAACGACGCUGGCAGCUACAUGUGCAUAUCAUCGAACGCCUUUGGCAAGGCAAAUAAAACCAUUAGAGUUUACGAGAUCAAGCGGCCGACGACGACCACAACCACCACAACGACAACAACGACGACCACGACGACGACGACUACAACAACAACUGAGCAGCCAACCACGAUACCGGAACGGAGGACAACUUUAAUGGCUCAGCGAGCGCCAGAAGCGGCGCCACAUCCCCCGACGGAUUUUAUCUUUGAGUAUGUCACGAACCCGCCCUCCUAUGUCGAGUACGGAGCGAACGGGGAGACGUACUUCAACUAUCCCCAGCUGACGGCCUACUCCAAGUCUUCACCGUCGAACCAUGGCGGUCAUCAGGGCGCCGGAGGCCAUCCGGGUCAGGGCGACGGUUCGUCUUCGUCCCGCUCGCUGCUGGUGCCCUCCGGGGAGGAACGCCUGCUGACCAUUCUGGUCAUGACGGCACUGUCCUGUUUGUCGUUUUUUCGCCUCUUUCAGGUCUAUCUGCCCUGGGUGACGGUUUUUCUGCUGCUUCUGCUGAUCGGCCGGAAGCCCAAGGAGAAGGGCGGCUUUCAGCUGCUCGGUCGGCACCCGGUGUAGUGGUUGAGAAUGUGUUGAGUUUUGGUUCUAACGUAAGUUCGUAGGUUUAUUAUCAAUGACAACUUCUAGACGAUAUCGUAGCGUAUCAGAUUAAUAGCGUCACCCCGGUGCGGGGGAGGGAUGCGAAGAGGAGGAGGAAGAAGAAAAAAAUGCAAGGUUUUAGAGAAAUUGUAUAUAAACACAGGACACAUACACACAUUCACGAUAAGGUAACGAUAAACUUCCGGUGCCCACCGCUGGGAGCAGUGGGUGAAAUGAAGCAAAUAGGAAUCUGUUACACAUUAUUGAAGUAAAAAAGUACGUUUAA